AUGAGUGAUCCCCUCUCGAUCGCAGCUGGCAUCGCCGGAUUCCUCUCUCUUAGUGUUCAAGUUACGCAAGCAUUAGUUGAUUUUUAUUCCGUCUACAAAAACCAGGACACCGAUAUCGCAAAGGUCACGCAAAACAUCGACAAUCUUCGGAGUACUUUUUGGUCCCUGGAGAUUGCAAUCCAGCAACGGCAAUCUCAGACCGACACAGAAGAGCUACUCCUAGAAGUCGACAAGAUCACACACAAGUGCCAGGAAGUCAUCGAAGAGCUACAGAUUGAGUGCCGCAGAUUUCAGGCAGAACCGGUCACUAAUUUAAAAAGUCGUGUCCAAGUUGCUGGACGUCGCGCUGCCUAUCCGUUCCGAAAAAGCACUAUACAGAAGAUUGAAGAGGACAUUGGCGAGAUACGUGGAAACAUGUCAUUCUUACUGAAUGUCUUAAAGUUCAAAAGCCACAAUCGGAUUGAAGAUGAAAUAUCAGAAGCCAAGUCUCUUCUAGAGCGGAUAAACACGAGUCAGGUCUCUAUCACGAUUCGUGCCUGGGUCAUGGCCCCUGAUGCAUCCGUGAACCAUAACGCUAUAUACGCUAAACACCAUCCAAGCACUGGCCUAUGGUUAAUCAACAGUCAUCAUUUUACAAAUUGGCUUGUGGAACGCAGUUCUUUUCUCUGGCUCAACGGAUUUGCAGGAAGUGGCAAGUCAGUCCUCUGUUCAAUUGCAAUACAACAUACCUUCCGUCUGAUGAAGAACAGGAAUAGAGUAGGAAUCGCGUUUUUCUACUUUUCCUUCAAUGAUGAGUCAAAGCAAGACGAUCGUGGCAUGUUACGCGCACUGCUAUUGCAAUUAUCGGUCCAGUUCCAAGAUGGCGAAAAGGAACUUGAGCAACUCCGCAAGCUAUUCAAGUCAAGCACUCCUUCCGUGGAAAUACUACUCCAAACCCUUCAGGGGUUCUUUGGCCGAUUUAAGGAUAGCUAUAUUCUACUAGACGCCUUAGAUGAGUGUCCCCGAGACUGCGGUAGAGAAGGUGUUCUAAGAGUGAUACAGGCGAUACGAGACUGGAGUAUGCCUAGUGUCCAUCUCUUAGUAACAAGUCGUGACCAGCUGGACAUCCGAGGAUCUUUAGCCCCUUCUUAUGACUGUGACCUUUCGAUGAAGAAUUCGGGAAUCGACAAAGAUAUCUCUGCCUUUGUCUCUUAUCAGCUCAACAAUGAUGCAAAACUUCAAAGGUGGAAAGGGCGCCACAGCGAGAUCCAAGACAAACUUAUAAAAAGUGCGCAAGGAGUAUUCCGAUAUGUGGAAUGUCAGCUUAACGCUUUUCGACGAGCGCGGAACCGAAACCAACUUGACGAAUCCCUACGCACUUUGCCACGCGAUCUAGACAGAACAUAUGAGCGAAUGCUAUGUAGCAUCGACGAAACCUAUGUUGAGGAUGUGCGACGUAUAUUGACUGUGCUCUGUCUCUCUGUCCGACCGCUGACAAUCAAUGAACUAAUCGACGCUCAUGCUGUUGAGCUUGGUCAAUCACCGUGUCUUGAUCACGAGGGCCGUUCCUAUGAGCAAGAUGACCUUGUCGAUAUAUGUCUUGGACUCGUAGAGAUCGUGGAGACCGAGGAUGAUGAUGGUGGGCAACCCAUCUCAACCGCUCGUAUAGCGCAUUUCUCUGUCCAAGAGUAUCUUCAAUCUGACCGCAUCCGACAACAGAAAGCGGACAGAUUCGCAAUUCAAAGUCAGCAUGCGAACACGGAAAUGGCGCAGAUUUGUCUUGCCUACCUCUUAGAACCGACACUAUCAAGUGGAAUAUUGGACAAAGUAAAGCUUCAAAAGUUUCCACUUGCUCACUUUGCCGCCACUCAUUGGUACGACUAUUACAUAAGGUCUCAUGAAGGGAAAUCGAAAGCUGGAAACCUAUUGUUCAGGAUGUUCCAGAAUGCGACAAAUUCCUUCGUGACCUGGGUUAAGCUAUAUGACAUUGACCGUCCAUGGAACACCAAAGUAGAUUUUGGACGCCGUGUGGAUGAUAUAGCAUCGCCUGUGUACUAUGCAGCCUUGUUGGGUCUGGAAUCCAUCUUAAAGAGUGUGCUAGUGAUUGACACCAAGACUGCAACCCUAUCAGAUACAGCCAACGCCCAGGGUGGACGGUAUGGCAAUGCACUUCAAGCCGCAUCAUCCGGAGGCUAUAAAAGCAUAGUGCAAGUGCUGCUGGAUCGAGGUGCCGAUAUCAACGCCCAGGGUGGACGGUAUCGCACUGCACUUCGGGCCGCGUCGUUUAGAGGCUAUACAGAGAUAGUGCAGAUGCUCUUAGAUCGAGGUGCUGAUAUCAACGUCCAAGGUGAAAUAUUUGGCAAUGCUCUUCAAGUCGCAUCAUACAACGGCUAUCAAGAGGUGGUCAAGAAGCUCCUAGAUUAUGGUGCCGAUGUUAACACGCCAGGUGGAGAGUUUGGCAAUGCACUUCAAGCCGCAUCAUACAACGGUCAUGAAGAUGUAGUUAAGACGCUGCUGGAUCGAGGAGCCAUCCAUCCAGUGCGCAGUUCAAAAAAGCAAUUCAGACAACUGUAG